GAUGGUACACACGAUCCAUAAAGAUUUCCGGUCUCCAUUUUAUUGUAGCUUGCAGAUACAGACAGGCGGUUCGACGAAGGACAGGAAACGAAUCCACUAUCAGUGUUUGUUUUAAAAUACAUUACGGUAAAUAACACCUCUAAAUCAUACAACAUGUUACACGUAUUUCUAUUUAGCAUUUCUCAUUCACGUUUGCGGAGUAUCAAUUUGUUUUGAAAAUUGAGGCCUUUUGAAAUGGGAGAUCCAGCCAUGCACCGAGAUUGCCCUCUCGACUGCAAGGUCUACGUGGGAAACCUGGGGAACAAUGGCAAUAAGACAGAGCUGGAGCGGUCAUUUGGCUAUUAUGGGCCACUUCGGAGUGUCUGGGUAGCUAGGAACCCCCCAGGCUUUGCUUUUGUGGAAUUUGAAGAUCCAAGGGAUGCAACCGACGCAGUGAGAGAACUUGAUGGAAGGACACUAAGUGGUUCCCGUGUGCGAGUGGAGCUGUCCAAUGGUGAGAAACGCACCCGCAACCGGGGUCCUCCUCCAUCGUGGAGCCGACGUCCUCGAGAUGAACAUCGUGGGCGUCGUGGUAGCCCGCCCGCCAGGCGCAGAUCCCCACGUAGGAGGAGCUUCAGCCGCAGCCGAAGCAGGUCUCUCUCCAGAGACAGGAAGAGGGAGAGAUCUUUGUCCCGGGACAGGAACCACAAACCUUCAAGAUCAUUUUCUCGAUCAAGGAGCCGCUCCAGGUCUACGGAGAGAAAGUAAGGAAAUGCAUGGCAGUCGAGUUUGACGGCGAAGAAGAUGAAUGAUUUUUUAUUUUAGCGGUUUCGUUUUUGCUUCUCUGUGACAUGUAAGGUAUCCAAUUCCUCUGUAUUUUGUAAAUAAGUUGGUAUGCAGGUGUAACGCAUGACUAAAAUGGCUGUUAGUCCUGUUAAUGCCAAGACAUACCGUAGUUGUCCGCAAGCAGUAUUUCAUCAAUCAUUAUAAGCGUUCUCUGUAUUUGUCCAUGAAAGUACCAGCUCACGGAAACACACCAUUCUAAGUAGUCUAGUGCUCAAGUCAUGUUCCAUGUCAGCAAGAUUAGUGUGUCUGGAUGUGGUGGAAGGCUAUCCUAUUGUCGGUUAAUAUACCGAUGUUUUCUAAUUGACCUUUAGGACUUCCACUAUUCUUCCAGUUCCUGUUGGUAAAGGUUUGUCUUCGAAAAUAACGGCACCCUUAUUUUGACUACAAUAUCCCACUGUUUUUCUUUUCCUUGAUAUUUGUACUACUUAUGUUCUCAGAAUUAAACUAGUUGUAAAAAGGCUUCUUACA